AUGCAGCUGAAGUAUUUAGCAACUUUAGUAGAGCAACAGGAUGGAGCAGCAAAAAUUGCUGCGAUGCACUGGUCACCAAAUGGUCGGAAAUUGGCAAUUGUUAAUGCAGAUCAAGUUAUACUUCUUUUUGAUGAGAGCGGUAAACGACGUGAUAAAUUUGCAACGAAACCAGUCGAUGCUAAGAAUGGAAAGAAGAGUUAUCAAGUAAAAGCAAUGAUAUUCUCACCUGAUUCUAGUCGUAUCGCUGUUGGUCAGACUGAUAAUAUCACUUAUAUUUAUCGUGUUGGCGAAAUGUGGAAUGAAAAAAAAGUUAUUUGUAACAAAUUCCUGCAAACAUCAGCCGUUACAUCACUGUUAUGGCCAAAUGAAGAUCGAUUAAUAAUUGGCCUUCUUGAGGGUAAAGCUUUUAUCGAACUUGAUACCUUUCUAAUCAGGCCCAGUGCCCGUUCAUUCAUAUCGGGACACAGUGAUGGUUCAGUUAUUUUAUUUUCGAUGGAGCACAAAACACAGAAUAAAAUUUUAACUCACAAUUGUCCACCGUAUGCUUUGGUAUACACAAACUACGGUAUCAUAAUCGGAGGCUGCGAUCAACGAAUAGUUUCAUAUACGGAAAGUGGUCGAAUAUUACAACAGUUCAAUUACCGUAAUUGUGCAAGUCACGAGAAAGAGUUCACUGUUGGGAUCCGCAAUACAACAGGACAGUGCAUUUUGUUUGGAAGUUUUGACAGAGUUCGAUUGUAUUCAUGGAAUGUUCGACGAGGCGCUUUAGAUGAGUGUAAACCCUUUGAAAUACGUUAUUUAUAUACAAUUAGUGCAUUGGCGUGGAAUCCAACUGGUGCAACUAUUGCUUUGGGAACGCUAUGCGGUGCUGUAAUAACGUUGGACUGCUGCUUGAAACGGUCAGUACUCAAAGGUCACUUCCAAGCAGUACAUAUUUCGCCUUCUCAGAUCAUUUUGAAAAGUACUGCUAAUGACCUCAGUGUAUCAAUGCAUUCCACCAAGGAGUUAUCCAUCGCUGACAUUAAAGUAAUGGGACGUGAUCGAUAUGCAGUAGCUUACACAGCAUCCACUUUGAUUAUUGCUGAUUUGAGCAGUGGUCGUUGUAGUGAAAUUGAAUGGCAAAGUGCUGGUAACGAGAAGUUUUACUUUGAUUACGAGAAUGUUUGCAUGAUAGUAAAUGCUGGUGAGAUCAGUCUCGUCGAAUAUGGCAAAAAAGAGAUAACUGGAUGGAUUCGCACUGAACUGACAUCCCCUCAUCUUAUAUCUGCACGAUUUUUGGAGCACAAAACAAGAAAUGCGCACAUGGUUAAACGUGUGGCUUAUCUUCUUGACCUUAAUACUAUUUCAGUUGUGGAUAUGAUAUCUCAACGGCAACUCGCGCAAUAUUCACAUUCAGUGUUCAUUGACUGGCUUGAACUUAGUGAAAUGGCAAAUAAAUUACUCUUUCGCGAUCGAAGAUCUCGAUUAAUCUUAAUUGAUCUGAUAACUGAUCGUAAAGUUUCAUUGUUGAAUUACUGUAAUUAUGUUCAGUGGGUUCCAGACAGUGAUGUUAUUGUAGCUCAAUCAAGUGACCAACUUUGUGUUUGGUAUCAGGCCGAAAACCCAGACCAAAUUGUUAUGGUACCUAUUAAAGGAGAAAUUGAGACUGUACUUCGAGAUGAGUUCAGAACAGAAGUUAUUGUUGAGGAGACAAACGCUAAAGUUGCUUAUGAGCUAGAUCAAACGCUGAUAGAAUUUGCCUCUGCUAUUGAUCGACUUGACCUGGGUCGAGCAGUUGACUUUUUAGAAAGACGAAGUGAAAGUGAUACUUCAGCUUUGUGGCGUCAGCUUUCUCAAAUAGCACUAUCUGAGAAGCAGUUAUUGAUCGCACAAAGAUCUUUCGCCGCAUUAGGGGAUAUAUCUCGGGUUGAAAUGCUUUGGCAAACGAUACGAAUUGCUGAUGAAGUGGUCAAAAUUGGUGAAAAUGAUGGAAAACAAAAUUAUAAGAAUGCUUUGGAUGAAGCAAUUGAAAUGUAUCGAAAAAUUGGCAAGUGGGAAGAAGGAUUUGAAUUAGCUUAUGCACGAAAUCAUCCAAACUUGGAUGCACUAAAAGCACAGUACUGUCGAUAUUUGUCCGAUACAGGUCAAGAUGCCAAAGCUGCUCAGAUAUCAGAACGUGAUGGUGAUUUGAUGAGUGCCAUAGAUUUAUACUUGAAAGCAAGCUUCGCUGUGCAAGCGGCUCGAAUACUUUUGCAGAAUCCUAAGCUGCUCUGCAUAAAUGAUUUAGUAGAAAAAGUCGUUGCUGCAUUAGUGCGAUCUGAUUUAUUUGAAAAGGCUGGCGAAUUACUGGAGGCAAUAAAAAAUUUCGAGCAUUCAUUACAAAACUACAAACAAGGAAAAUGCUAUGCAAAAGCAAUUCAGCUGGCUCGAGUGCAUUUUCCAGAAGAAGUUAUUUUAUUAGAAGAAGAAUGGGGCGAUCAUUUGAUGGAAAAAAUGAAUUAUGAUGCUGCCAUCAGUCAUUUUCUUGAAAGCGGACAAACUUUGAAAGCUCUCGAAGCAUCAAUGAAAGCUGGUCAAUGGAGUAAAGCUGCGCAGAUAGCUAAUUCUUUAGAAGAUAGUCAUUUGGCUAAACAAUAUUAUGGGAAAAUUGCAGAUUAUUAUGCUAGCAUUGGUGAUCUUGAGCAAGCAGAAAUGCUCUAUGUUGAAGCAAAAAUGCAUCAAGAAGCGAUUGAAAUGUACAACAAAGCUGCUCGAUGGACUGAUUCAUAUCGGUUAGCGGUGGAGUUCAUGGGGGAAGAAGAAAGUGCUGAAGUGUACGGUAAGUUAGCCGAAAGUAUGGAAGAGAAUGACCGCAGAAAGGAUGCUGAAGAGUUAUACAUUGCUACUGGACAAGUAAACAAGGCUAUUACCAUGUAUCAAAAAGCACAGUGCAUCGAUGACAUGCUAAAAUUAAUUGAAAAAUAUCAUGUGGAGGAUGCUAAGAAUAGUCACGUCUACAUUGCAACCGAUUUGGAACAAAAAGGUGAUUUACGAGCUGCAGAAGAGCAUUACCUUCUUGGUGGGGAAUGGAAAUUAGCAGUGAAUAUGUAUCAGAACGCAGAGCUAUGGAACGAUGCUUAUCGAGUUGCAAAGCAAGAAGGUGAAGAGCUCGCACAGAAUCAGGUAAUUUAUCGGUGGGCAAAAAGUUUGAACGCAGAGGCUGCCGUAAAAUUAUUACGAAAAUUCAAAAUACUUGACGAGUCAAUUAACUACGCGUGUGAUAAUAGGGAUUUCGACUUUGCAUUCUAUUUGUGUCGAUCAGGAGCAAAAAAUCGUUUGUCAGGGGUUCAUAUGAAGUUAGCUCAACAGCUGGAAGAAGAAGGUAGUUUGAAGGAAGCCGAGGUACAUUACAUCGAAGGCGGAAAAUCUAAGGAAGCUGUUAUGAUGUACGUCCAUGAUCAGGACUGGGAGAGUGCUGAACGUAUUGCUAAAGAAUACUGUCCAGACAUGCUAGCUGGAGUUUACAUUCAGCAGGCUCGUUUGGCCAUCGAAGAAAAAGAUUUCCCUCGAGCUGAGAGCUGUCUGCUACGCGCAGAUCGUCCUGAACUUAUUCUCCACUACUACAAGGAAUUUGAUAUGUGGCAAGAUGCAAUUCGAAUUGCAAAGGAUUAUUUGCCGAUAGCACUUGAAGAAUUAGAAGAGCAGUUCGAUCAAGUCCAGCUGAAAUCUGGUGCCAAAGGCGCAAUUUCAUUUAUGGCGCAAGCUCGAAAAUGGGAAACUGAGGGAGAGUAUGUUCGAGCGGUCGAAUGUUACCUAAAAGUUAAGGAUGCAGACGGUGCCGGUCACGAUGUCAUUCUUGACAGUUUGAAACGGGCCGGAGAAUUAGCAGUGAAAUUUCUUCCAGAACAGAAAGCAUCUGCAGUGAUAGAUUCAGUUGCCGAAGGUUUUAUUUCCUUCAAAAGGCUACUGAUUGAGUCAGCUUUCAAAGUUUUCUCAGAUUUAAGAUUUCUGGAGGCAGGGGAAUUGUUUCUGACAUCAAAUCGACCUGAAAGUGCUGUUAAAGCUUUUUUGCUUGCUGGACAGUGGACGAAAGCAAAAAAGGUUGCAAUGGAAUUGGCACCAGAAAUGGUUGGGUUUGUUGAUGAAAAAUUCAAGGAAUCGUUGAAAAACGAAGGCCGAUUUGGGGAAUUGAUAAACGUGGAUGUGAUUGAUGGCAUUGAAGCGUUGGUGGAACAAGGAGAAUGGAUCAAAGCUCUCGAAACUGCUCGUCAACAUAAGCAUCAGCCAUUAUUGGAUAAAUAUGUCGCACUUUAUGCCUUUCAACUGAUUAAAGAUGAACGAUUUUUCGAAGCGAUUGAGGUUUUUGAAAAGUUUGGAGCAUCAUCAAAUCCCAACAAUUUCCACAUUUAUCAAAAACUUAUAGAGAAGGUAAUAAAUGGACGUGACAUGAACGAUGCAAAGGUUUACACCAAAUGGGCAUCGCUUCGAAAUAUGUUAUUUAUGAUUUGCGAAGAUAUGGUCGAGAAAAAAACGCCAACAGACCAGAUAUUCGGGAGGUAUUUGGAAAUAGCUCAUUACGGGGCAUUAAGAUCUGCGCUUCUCAGUUAUGGAGCAGUGGAAAUGGAAAAUGUUGCAAACCUAAUUUCUAUAAGCUUGAUUCGAUACUGCGAUAUUAUGCAGGCUGAUAAAGUUUUUUACGAAGCUGGAAUGGCAUGUAAAAAACAAAGUAUGAAGAAGGAGCGUUUGGCAUUCUUGCUACUUAACUAUUAUUUAGAUUUAUGUGAUGCAAUUGAGGAUCAGAACCCCUCCUCUGUGGAUGGCACCAUUUUCCAAGGAACAGAUAUACCGCAAGAAGUGCCACUACCUCAGGCUCAAUUUACAACUAACUUUGAACAUGAAGAAGUGAAGGAAUGGGUACUAGCCAUGUCUGUAGAUCAAAAUAUGGAACAAGGACUUCCUCUCGACAACAACGGCAAUUUCGAAGUCAGCUUACUUGAUGCAAGCAGUCACCUACAUCCUGCAUGCAUUAUUUCAGGCUAUCCUACAUAUGGGACAGUUAAGGAAUUUGGAUCUUCGAAAGUAGCCGAUCUCAACACCUGGAAUCAUCUCAUAAUGAAACACAAAACGAAGCCAACGGAGAACAUUACUGAUGUGUUGCAAUUUAUCGCGAAAUGGACGCACACUUCAACAUCGCUAUCUCUCUAG